AUGAUUAUUACUGAAAUCAAUUCAAAAGACCCUAUUGUUAAUAUAGACUAUCACGAUUAAUAAUCAGAUGAAAUAGAAAAUAAAGUAAGGCAUUUAAUUAAGUAGAGUCCAAAUGAAUUUAUUGUAGUGGAGGUAGAAAAACGACAGGAAUAAUCCGAAUUGUAAGAGAUCUAUGAAGAAUAAUUAGACAAAUAAUAAUUAAAGCUUAAGGAAAUGGAGAGAUAAGAAAGAAUCAAAAAGUACUUUGUCAAGAUCAUUAUCAACUAGAAUACCAAUCACUUUGAAAAGAUAGCUCUCUACAAUUAAUGAAUUGUCAGACUAAUCCAUUAAUAAUAGUUGUUCUCCUCAAAUUGAUAUGGAUCAUCAUCAUACUAAAAAAUAACAGAAAGAUGUAUGAAUCAAUAAACUAAAUAGUUUUUAUUUUAAAUAUAGGAAGAAAAUAAAUAAACAGAACCUAGAUAAGUUGAUAAGUAAAAAUAGCAAAAAAAGAAAUUUAAAAAGAAAAAGAAGAAAAAGUAACUAUCUCGUGAAUUAACUUAAUCUUCUCUUCCUAUUCCUGAGAUAAAAUAUUAAUAAAACAUGAAUUUUAAGUUUUAUUUUAAAGAUUAGAGAAUAGAUUGUAGUUGGAAAUUAUUAUUUAGUUAUUUUACGAUAAUAAUUUUAAGUAAUAUCACACUUUAGACAAUUGAAAUAAUAAGGUAUUCUUAAAGUGUGUGUAAAUUAAUGGGAAUCGAUAAUAUGUUUGUAUAUGCUAAUUAAUUAUUCUAUAUUUUGGGUAAAAUUGGAUUGCUUAGCUUAAAUUAUUAAGAAUUUACAAAUACAUUACCUACUAAAUCAAAAAUUCCGUUAUUCAAUGCAGUUAUUUUUAGCUCAAUUUUUGUUGUGUUAUCAAUGCCUUUAUAUGUUUUUGAUUUUGUAUUAUGUUAACCUAGAAAUAGAUUGAUAACACUUUAAGAAAGUCUUCAUAUAUUAAGGUUUUUUGAUUGGGGAGUAAUUUCAGUAUUGGCAAUAAUUAUUAUAAUGCAUUCAUGUUUAAAGAUUACAAUGAAGAAGAAAACUUGGAAAACAUUGAAGUAAAUCAUUUCAAAAUAAAUAGAAAAUUUCUUAAAGUGAUAUAUUAUCUGUUAUUACUUCUUGUACAUAUACUACAAGUAUUGGUUACUGUGACAUAAUCUUUUUAAUCCUAUUUACCUGCUAUGAUAAUGGAAAAUUUUUACCUUUGUUUUUCUAUAUUUGCUAUGAUCUAUUUAUCAAUAAGAAAAUAUUGUUUUCAUCUUGAACCUUUUCAAUUUACACAUUAAAAAUUAUAAAAUGAACCAAUGAUAUUAAUUUAAGAUGAAAAGAUAAAUAAUUGGGGAUAAGAAGAGAAAUUUUUAGAUAAUGACUCAAUUAAAUUGAGUAAAAGAAUAAAAUUGAGUCCUACAUCAAGUUAAUUCAAUAGUCUUUAAAUUACUCAAAUUGGUUUUCUGGCUAAAAAAGACUGA